AUGCAUCUACCUGCUCAAACAGUAUUGUUCUGGGCAACCUUGACGACCGCCUUGCUUGACAAGCCAGCACUAUGGAAAGAUUUGUCCAAGUUCACGCAGCCAUUGGCUGAUGGUCUACCUCGACAGGGACAGGUCAUCAGUGCGUGGCCAUCAGGCACAUUGUCGAAACUCUGUUGGGAUAACAUCGUUCGAGACAAACUUGACCCGGGCACAUUCCAGACAUACUCGGUUUCGUUUAAUGAUUGCUCCCAAGCUUGGACUUUCUGUUAUCAAAUUGGCUCGUAUCAGAGUAUCGAUGAAUUCGCAUCCAUAUUCAGUCAAGCUCCGGUACGCAUGCGUAUGUGGGUGUCCGACGUGUCGCUGUACAAGGACGGUGGAGGUGGUUAUCAGUUUGGCACAACUAUAACGCUCAAAGGCACUCCGAUGGCAGAUACAAUGAUCCACGAGUCCGAACACGCGUGUGAAUAUGCUUGGGCGUUUAAAUCGAUGGGAUCAGCGACUACUGAGUGGCUCUCGGCCUAUGCCGCCGACUCUGCAGUGCAGAGCGAGUACGGAAGAAACAACCAGAUUGAGAACCUAGCUCAAACACCCGGUAUGAUCAUCUACGACCGUCUGACCAACGGCAAACUUGGACAAGAGCCUGACCUGUGGAAAAUUGGCAACGCUCUCAAUACAUUCGUCGACCAAGCAGAUAACAGCAAGUAUGGUGGAAGGAUGCUAGAUAUCGAUGGUGUCUACUGCACCAGGCGAUAUGUCCCAAGUGCCAAAGUAAAGACUGAUGGCACAUCUGUCAGUACUGCUCAGAGUUUAUUUAUUGAGAGCUUGCAGACGAGCAGGGGUAUUGGAAUCGCUGCGGAGGACAUCAUUAUGGAGGCGAUCCCCCCUUUGACGCAAAGUGCACCAACAAAUUGCACAUUCUGAGGGGCGGCUUGGACGGGUGCUCUGGCUUGAGGUCUUCUGUCACUCAGUGUGUUGUUUCAUUGGUCAGUCUUUCGAGUGCGUCGCGGUAGUUAUUAUUAUAGUAUACACCUGGGGAGAUCUCAGAUCGC